AUGUCCGAUCAGGAGUGUUUGGAGUCGGAAUGGAAGAAUAAGGUAUCGGAGCUAAUACAAAUCACAUCUGAUCCACUUUUAACUACGAUUAUAGACCCAGAAUCUCAAUUUUCCAAUUUCUUCAACUCGAUAUCAAUCAAAGAUGGCCUUGAUUUGGACUCAUUACCGACAACAGCGGCCUAUAAUGGCGACCUAGAGACUACUGUGCGUGCCAAUUUUACAAAAGCUUAUGAAUUAUCUCGCCAGGAAUCGAAAGAAGCCGCUAAGGAUGAUGAACCAGAAACGCAACAGAAAUCAAAAGAGUCAGAGAAAACAGAACCAAGUACUACAGACAAGGAAGAAACACACAGAGAUCCAGAGGUACAAAGCAAUCGAGAUAGCUCGCAAAAUGCCAAACCUGAGCCAAUUGUAUUGUCGGAAUCUAACAAGAGAAAGUUCAGCGAGCUUGAAGAAGUCCAUCACAAAAUCAAUAUACCUGACGAAGAAGUUUACGUCAAAAAGGAAGCCCUGGGUGUGGUGGUUCCACACGCGCAACCUCCUAACGAGUCUCUUGCUGACCUUGAUAUCAUCAUAGCUCCAGAACACUAUCCCACCCAUCCGCACGCAGUGUCUUCACUUUCCGAACUCUACUAUCUCACUCAAACGCUUCCCUUAAUCAAGCUUCUUCCUGGAAGCCAUAAAGCAUUGUUCACGGAGAACUUUGAACUGGCAUUGUUGGAGGGAAAGAUAGCAGUGUUGUACUCUCGAAUUGAAGAAUUAAAAAGACAAGGUAAGUGGUCGUUGCGUCAACCUCGUAAAUUCGACGAUCCGUUCAAGAAGGAUGUGAGACCACACUGGGAUACUUUGAUCAUGGAAGGAAAGUGGAUGGCUACUGAUUUCCGCGAGGGCACCAAGUUCAAAAAAGCAUCUUGCGUCAUGAUAGCCCAGGCUAUAAAGGACUAUUGGACUUACGGAAAGGACGUUUGUAUUCAACCAAAACCUAUUAGGCACUUGGAUGACGACGCUGAGAUGCCAGAGGCUGUUUCUGAGUUAGAAGCUGCUGCACCUGAGGAAGCGCCCGUUCAGGAAAUAGUCGAGCAACUGCCCCUCCCUGCUCCUACAGGAGGAAAAGACGCUGUAUCUUUGCCAUCUGAGGUCGCUAACCAAGAAGUGAAUAUCAAAGAAGAAUCCGUUUCAGUUAAUCUUCCAGGAAAUGAAACUGAACAAGCUGUGUCCGCUACAGGUAUUGUCUUGGACGAAACUCCCGCUAACAAUGAAGGCGGUGAAAUGAAUACAGAAACUGCAACAUUGGAUCCUCAGGCUUUGAAUGGUGGCACAUCUGAGCCUAUAGUAGUUGAAGAACCCCAAGGACCAUUGUUCAUACCCCAGAAACACGGCGACGCAAUCUCAUCAGGCUAUCCAUUUCGCCUCAACAUGGACUUUUCUGAGGUUCCUCGACUCGAGCAGUCCAUUUUCACCCAUUUGCCAAAGUUCAAUGGGUUUGAUAAUGAUGAAAUCCAGCAUCCAAAGCCUCCUCUCACCACUCGUGAUUCGCCCAUGGUUCCAAUAUCUAGACUCAUACAUCCGUUCGAGGAGGACAAUAUGUGGUACAAGCUUGUGGUUAAGGAGAGCACAAAGCGUACUAAGAACACUGGUCCUCCAGAAUAUCAACGCGGGCUUUUCAGCAUUAAUGCUCACCGCCGCUUCAACUUUUUAAAACCACCGAAACCUCCAUUGAUCAAAAAUAUCGAGUACAGGCUGCCGACGAUUUGGCUUCCUGAAGAUGACAAACAUUUGAUACACUAUGUUGCGGAAUUUUGUUUCAAUUGGGAGGUGAUUUCCGAGCAUCUUCUGUCACCAUCAGCUACUCUCAAACGUUACGAAUCGAACAUUGAGCGUCGAACACCAUGGCAAUGCUUUGAAAGGUACAUCCAAUUGAAUGAAAAAUUCCAGUUUUCUGACAUGAAAGGUAUGUACGCACAUCACGCACAAAAGUGGCUAGAACAUGCACACGGAGCCCAACUGACCACCAAGAGGAGAAUCUCUCCUUUAGGUGUAGGAAACGAGUCGAUUCAACGGGGCCACAGACGUUUGAGAUGGGCAUCCAUGUUCGAUGCCAUGAGAAAGAGUAUGCGUAAACGAGAGAUUGCACUUGCAAAGUUGAACAAGAAACGAAAUGAAGUGAAUUCAGCAACACCCACUGCCACUCCUACUGGAACACCCACCCAGAAGAGACCCACUGACAGAAUCCCCACUCCACUUGAACUUUCGAAACUUAAAUUUGAGAGAGAUAAGUCGAUCCACGAAGCGUAUGUUAACCAACAGGCCACUCGUUCGCGGAUGAUGGCGGCAGUUGCGCAGCAGAAGAGACAAGGCGGAGCGACCAAUGCUGGCGAAGCUGAUCCACAAGUACAAGCACAAGCACAAGGAAAUCAACUAGGGCCUCGCCAGGCUCAAUUGGGUCAAGCAAACCCACUUCCACAGGGCCAAAUACGUCAACCACCACCCGGUGCCAACGCCAUGCAACUGCAAACGUCUCCUCAAGCUCCAGGUCAAAACCCGGUUCAAGGUCAAAGACCCCAAGUUCCGGCGCAGCAACGUGGAAUGCCCAUGAAACGCCCUACUUCUCCCAAUGGUACACCUUAUACUACCGAGCAAAUCCAGCAGAUUCUUUUGAAGCGCAGACAAAACCAAGCUGGUCAACUCGGCCAAGGAAUGAAUCCCGGCAAUCAGGGCCCAACUCAGCAACUCAACCAGAUGAGCCAAGCGUUGAACUCAGGUAACAGUCCGCAAAUGAACCGGAGUGUAAAUCUUGCAGGUGGACAAGGGCCCAGCAGCAGCAGCCCGCCAAUGGUUCCAGGAACCCAGGCUAAAUCUCCACAAAUGGGACAAGUCGCAAGCCCCAAUCUCAGAUAUAACCAAGUUCAACCUUCAAAUAACAAUUCCAAAUCCCGGAUUCAUUUUGCUCCAGCCCAGGUGUCUGCCAUCAUCAACUCGAUCCAGAACAAGAAUCCAAACUUGACGAAGGAACAAGUCACGAAACUUGCAGCCACCUAUUUGGCUAACAUCCAGCAGCAGCAACAGAGCCGUAUCAACCAGCAACAACAACAACAACAACAACAACCACAGCAACAGCAACAACCUCAAUCUCAAGUUCAGCUUCGCAAACAGCAGCCUCAGGUCGCAAAUUUGACGCCUCAAGAACGCUCCCAGCUCCAAAUGCUCAAGAACAGAAAACCAUCUCCCAGCCAGCCGGAGCAUCCUGAUCUGAAGUCUGGCGAGGAAUAG